AUGGCGGAAAGCAUUGCUCUAGCUCAAGAAUUAGUUAGGGAGAUUAACAGGAAGGUUCGUGGAGGCAACAUCGUCAUCAAGUUAAACAUGGAGAAGGCCAUGAUAGUUCUUAUAAACGGUAAGGCAGCAGGCUUCUUCAAGUCGUCUAAAGGGAUCCACCAGGGAGACCCCUUAUCUCCAAGUCUAUUCAUCCUAGCAGCUGAAGUCCUUAGCAGAGGACUAUUAAAUUUUUUGGAUAAGAGUUCGUGUACUCCUUUCAAACUUAGAAGGGGCUGUCCGCGGGUGUCUUACUUGCUAUACCCGGAUGACACUCUUCUUUUCCUCAACGGUAGUCAGAACUCUCUCAAGAACAUCCUGGAGUUUCUCAAAUCAUAUAAAUGUGCUUUAGGCCAGAAGAUUAAUACCCGAAAGAGUGCCCUCUUCUGUUCAGCCAAACUCCCUUCACACAGGGUCAGAUUGAUAGAGAGAUUACUCGGCAUCAACAAGGCCACUUCUAGCAUAAUGCACCUGAGAGUUCCCUUGGCUUUCGGUAGGGUGAAGCAAUGGUUGGCAGGCAAGAUGCCUAUCUCAGGCCGGGUGGCUUGUCUUAGUCCAGCAUGUCCUUGGGGGACCCCGGUUCACUCGAUCGCUGCCUCUCAUCUGCCAGCCCAAGUUACUGCGAUGUUGGAGAAGCCGUUUGCCAACUUCUUGUGGGGCUGGUUUAAAGGCAAGAAGAAGCUACAUUUGAAGGGAUGGAAAACCAUUGGGCUGCCUAAAGCUGAAGGAGGGCUGGGUAUAAGGAGGCUUUUUAAAUUUAUGUACGCCCUCAAGAUGAAGCUGGGUUGGGCGGUGAAGUUUAAGGAGGAGGCCAGCCUUUGGAGCAAGUUCAUGUCAGCAAAACGCAUAUGGCCCUUCACUCCUUCUGGAGAGUUCUUCGUCCGCUUAGCCUGGGAGUUGAGCAGAUUGCGCAGUCCCCUCAGAGCUUGGUCAAGAUGGGUCUGGCACGCUAAGCUUCCCCCUAGGAUUUCCAUGUUCACCUGGAAAAUCCUGAUGAAGGUUGUCCCAGUAGAUGAAGUGGUUCAGAGUAGGGGAGUCCAUCUUGCCUCCAGAAACUCUGUAAGAUUCGAUGAGAAGUCUAUUUCGGUGGUGUCGGUAAUUGCCAAGAUCAGGAGGUGGCUCUUUCUAAUUGCCACCCAGCCCCCUAGUAAGUUAGCCAAGCAACUCAACGUAGAGAUCGCAGUCGAGCUUCGGAUUUUUGCGGCUCCCUCUUUUGUUAGACCCCCGAGGUUUGUAAAAUGGAAGAAACCAGAUCCUGGUUGGGCAAAGCUUAAUGUCGAUGGAUCGGCAAGGGGAAAACCAGGUCUUUCUAGAGGUGGAGGCGUCUGUAGAGAUGAUAAAGGUGAUUUCGUUUUUGGGUUGGCGGUUGGUUAUGGAGUAGGUUCCAACACAUAUGCGGAACUCUGGGUAGUUCACAAUGUUCUCGCUAUCUGUUUCAAUUUCGGCCUAUCUAGAGUUGUGGUGGAAUUGACUCUAAACUAG